AGCGUAGUUUGAAUAAGUCAAUUACGUUAUAUACACCCUCCAACCAGAUGCGCUCAGUUUGUAUGUUGCUUCUAGAUAACCUCGAUUUCGCGUUUGUCCAUUCUUGGCCGCUAUUCCAUCUGUUAUUACACUUAUCUUAUUAAAAAGCACUUCGGUUCAUUGGCUCAUUUCCAUUUUUCUUUCAGUUAUCCCACUGACGCUUAUCCAACAAAAAGGCACCUUCAGGAUUAUAUUACACAGGAAAACUCAAAGCUGCUGUUAACACUAAAGGGUUGUUUGCGUACAAAUGGCACAAUCUCGUAGAGACAAAAAGUUGACUGGAGCGGACACGUUUGAAAGUUUGUCUGAAGUUUUCCGCUGCUUUAUAUGUAUGGAGAAGCUUAAUAACGCUCGUUUGUGUCCACACUGUUCGAAGUUGUGUUGCUACAAGUGUAUAAGAAAAUGGAUCACAGAAACACGGUCUCAGUGCCCUCAUUGCCGGGCUUCGUUGCACAUUUAUGAAUUAAUUAAUUGUCGUUGGGCUGAUGAAGUUACUCAACAGUUGGAUAAUUUGCAAUCUCAAGCUACUUCAUCUAGAUCUGGUAGUGGUCAAAAUGACUUGCUGGGAGGAGCAUCAGUUAAUAAUACAUUAUCAACAUCCAGUACUGAGGUUUGUGAAUUGCACAAUGAACGCUUAUCUGUAUUUUGUACAACAUGUGGCUAUGCUAUCUGUCACCAAUGUGCAUUAUUUGAUAAUGAUCAUGAACAGCAUUCAUUUCGUCCAUUAGAUGAUGUUUAUAAUGAACAUGUAAAACAGAUAAAGAAUGAAAUGGAUCAAUUUAAACGUAGACAUUUAGAAUUAAUAUCAUUACUUCAAGAUGUUGAGAAGAAUGUACAGGCUGUAAAACAAGCCAAAGAAGAACGUGUUCGAGAAUUACGCAAUGCAGUUGAAUUAAUGGUAGCGCGUUUAGAUUCACAACUAAAAUCGAAACUAGUUACUCUAAUGAGUCAACGUAGUCAAUUAUUUCAAGAAAUUGAAUCACUUGAAAAUCUUUUGCAUGAUGUUCAAUAUGCGGUAGAUGUUGCGAAACCGUCUGAAAUGGUAGAACGAUCAUCUGAAAUUUUAGCACUGCUUAGUGAUGUACAUUGUAAACCUAUGGCUUCGUUUGUUAGUGCGCCUGUACCAGCUGACUUUGUAAGUGAAAUUGUACCUCCUUAUGAAUCGAGUACAUUCACACUCCAGCCUUAUUCCAUUAUGAAACAAAGAGCUGAUCCUGUGUAUAGUCAACCAUUACAUGUAGGUGGUUUAAGCUGGCGUCUUAAAGUUUAUCCAGAUGGGAAUGGUGUUGUACGUGGUAAUUAUUUAUCGGUGUUUUUAGAAUUGUCUGCUGGAUUAUUAGAAGCAUCCAAAUAUGAAUAUCGUGUAGAAAUGGUUCAUCAACAAUCUCGUGAUCCUAGUCGCAAUAUUGUACGUGAAUUCGCUUCACAUUUUGAAGUUGGUGAAUGUUGGGGUUAUAAUCGUUUCUUCCGUUUGGACUUAUUAGUUAAUGAAGGUUAUUUAAAUAGUGAAACAGACUCGAUACUACUUAAAUUCCAAGUAAGAGCGCCAACUUACUUUCAAAAGUGUCGCGACCAAAAUUGGCAUAUUUCACAACUUGAAGCGAAUCAAGGCCAUUGCUUUACGCAGUUAGCUGAAUUAAAGGAACGUUUAUCUAUUGAAGUAGCCAGACAAACAAAUAUUAUUUCUGUUGCUAAUACUGCUACUGCUCCCUCUCCCAAUACUGAUAUUUUUAAUUCAACUGUUGUUACUACAACAAGUAGUACUUCUGUUAUUUGUCUACAGUCAACAGAUGCAUUAAAACCUUCAAGUUGUCUCUCGGAUCCCACUUCUUCUUCUGCAAUUAGUCAGUCAACAUAUAUUAUGACAACUCCUUCUCCACUUCAGCUUCAGUCACCAUUAUCAUUACUUACACAACCUAUUAAUGAAGAAUUUACUGAUAAUUAUACUAAUGAGUCGAAUAAGUAUGUAGCAUCUGUUCCAGAAAUGAAAAAUCAAGAUUGUAUAAACAUGGAUCGAAAUGAUUGUACAUCUCAAUGUUGUUUUAUAAACAAUGUGAAUAACACUUCUAUUAGGGAUCAUUUAACAAAUAGUGCAAAUCAUACACAGUCACUGUGUGGUGUCAGUAAUAAUAAUAAUAAUAAUUUAACUAAUGAAGAGGUUGAUGAUUGUUUAACUACGGUCAAUAUAUUGAACUCAAGAACUACCGAUGUCAACAAGGAAUACGAUGAACAGCUCAAUGAAUUACAAACGAAUUCAAUUACCCAGUUAUCUAUGGACAUUUCAGAGCCAUUAUUAAAUUUAAUUUUGACCGCAAACCAGCAAGAACAACCUGUAAUAAACUCGUCGAUUUUAUCAAGUUUGGAUAUCAGUCAAUUAACUGCUUCAUAUAGUAAUGAGGAUAAUAAUCAUAACAACAAUAAUGUCAAUAGUGAGGAAGAUGUCUUGUUUAUUGAUUCAAGUAAAUAUUUUAAUACUAGUGAACAGUUAAUGCCUCAUGAGGAUGUUGAUAUAGAAUCUACUCAUUUCAGUGAACCAAUCUCUUAUGGUGGUGAUGAUGAAGGGGAAUAUGGUGAUGGCGACUCUGAGAACAACAAUAACAAUGAUGAAGGUGGUGUUGACGGGGUAGAAAAAAUAGACGAUAAUGAUGACGAAGUGGAUGGAGAUGAUGGUGGUGAUGUUGGUGAAGAUGAUGAUGUAGAACAAACGGAUAAUGAUGAAGAUAAUGUUGGUGGUAGACAACAAAAUUCCAUGUCGAAAUUUCACAACUAUACAAAAUCGAAUAAUGAUAUGGAUAAUAGUUUAAUUGAUGAUAAUGACGACGUUGAACAAAUUAGACAAACUAUACAUGAUUAUGACACAGUAUCACAAACAUCGGAGAUUCUCUCGGAUCAUGACAGCUUGCAAUCGAGUAUUGAUUCAAAUAAAUUAUUGUUGUUAAAAAGUAAAUUUAUGAAUAAACCGAAAAAUUCAUCAAGUAUUAUAGAUUCAAUUAAGGCAUUGAAAAGUCAAAAGUCAACUAUUGCUGCGACUACAACAAUUACUACUCCGAACACUAAUAAUGGUGUUAUACCAAUGAUAGAAUAUGAGUGUAAUCUUAUAACGGAUGUUGGUAGUGAUAUAAACUCAAGUUAUGAUGAUUAUGAAUAUCAUGCUAGAAAUAGGAAUACAAUUGAGGAGCUUUUAAAACUGCCUGGUCUACGAUCUACCAAUGGUAGUAUUAGUAAUAAUAGUAAUAACAUCAGUAAUAAACGAAAGGUAAACCAAACCUCACGUCAUCCAUUAUGGUUUAAAUUAUCUACAAAGGAUAAACCAAAAUUACAGUUCAGUGAGGCAUCAACGAGUCGGUUCAAUAAUGACAAUAAAUUACAAUGCAAUUUCAAAGAACAAAAACCAUUUUCUAUUAUUCCAACACAGAUGAUAGACAACACACAUAAUACUAGCAGUAAUAAUAAUUGCAAUAACAAUGAACUAGAUAUGGACUCUUCACCUAGAUCAAUUUUUAGCGAAAAGUUGAAUGGAUGUCGAUCCUCUUCAAAUUAUCAACCGGGAAUAGUUAGUAAAUCAAAUUGGGAAAGAAAAACCAAAGAUCCCAAUAUUUGCAGUGAGAUUACUUCAAUUCAUCCUAAGUUAUGUGCUUCAUCAUCGUCAUCCUUGUCAUCCUCACAUUCGUCAUCGUAUGGAAAAACAAUAUCAGAAAGUUAUUUAUUGAGGAAUAAGAACUUUAAAAGUUUAUCCAAUCGUCGUUUAACUGAUUUUAGUCAUCACUAUCAUCAUGAACAUUCUCAACGAUCUCAGUGUAGUAAGUUAAAACCUUUACCUCGAUAUCAUAAAGACAAUAUGAGACCAUUGUCAUUGGUAACAACUGAUCAAGUUCCAUCCUGUAGUAAUCAUACAUCAUCUUAUGUAUCUUCUAAAUGUAAACAAUCUAAUCAAUUAAGUGGAAAUGGUCUACAAAAAGAACUAUUAACUAAUAGGUCUAUUACAAUCAACUGUAAUAAGAAUGAAAACAGUAAUCAAUUGAGAAAAAACAACAACAAUGCUAGUUCAUCAUUGUCACCGUCGAUAACAGCAGUCAAAACAACCAUGAAAUGCUCUGAUCAUUUGCAACCUGAUAAAUUGUACCAUUUCUCAUCAAUAUGUAAUGAUCCGACUAAUCUGAUGGUGAAGACGACUACGAAAAUAAAACCGUCAGGACAGAUUACAAAAAAUGCAAUUCAGCAUUUAGAAAAUGAUAUUGAUGAAAAAACAAUGACAGGAGAUCGUGAUGUAAGUGAACAUGUAUUGAGUAAUCGACGUUUUUGGGAGGAUUCCAAUCUUAAGACUAAUAAUGAUGAUAACAGUGAUAAUAGUAACAAAAGUAAUAAUAAUUAUGAGAAAUUGUUUAAUUCAUCAUCAUGUUCAUUAGUAAAUAACCAUGAAAAUGGAGUAUUUGUUAAUCAAUCGAAACACGUAUGCAAUUCACCACGCACUGUCACAGUAAAAUCCAAAUCUGCUAUGAGAAUGAUGAACACAAUCCCUCAAAAUAAUAAAACAUGUCAUCCACUGACUAGUAAUGGAGAUUCAACACCAAGUAAAUCUAUAUUAUCAGGUGAAGUUGAUUCUCGUGAUAUGUGCAUUAAACGCUCUGCUGAAACUAAACACAUUCAUGAUAAUUUAGAAUGUGACAGAUUGAAUUAUGAACCAAUGUACAAUUGUAAACAAAAUUUGUGUCAUGUAUCGUUGGAACAUCAGAGUGGAGCCAUAAAUUCACUUUUAGAAUCUGAUUUAGAUACUAUGAGCUCCGGUGAAGUUGUACCAAAUCAUUCAGAUGUCAGUUCUCUUCCAUCCCAGCCAAUUGGUCUUGCAGUUCACAACAAAGAAUCAAAUAUUUUAGGCAUUGAUUAUCUAACUGAAACUCAACAAUUGAUAACAGAACCAACAGAUCUAAGUUUAGCUAUGCUGUGUCACAGAAUCAGUCGUUUACAGACCGAAGCAGAAGCUGUGGCUAAAGCAAUCUCAGUUAAUAAUCAUAACAAUAAUGCUUGUAUCAGAAAUAAACAAUCUACGAAUAAUUUACCGAUUAUCAAUCAACAGUUUGCUAGUCCAGUAGUUGAAGCACAAUCACUCCGAACCGAUUCAAAUAGUCGUACAAUGAAUGAAAUACAGAUUCGUCAUUCACCGGGAAAAUCUGAUGAAGGUCUCGGUAGAUCAGUCAGUAAAAAUGAACAGCCAAGUCAAUUAGACAAUGGUGCUAAUAAUAAUAUUUAUGAUCAAGGCGAUACUUGAAAUAAUCAUAUAAGUGAAAAAGUAAUGGUUGAGUAAGCUGGUAUUUCGAUUUCUCACAUAUAUUUGUUUACAUAAUUAUAUACACCUCGCAAAUUGAUUUUGAUUGUGAACCGUUGGGUUUCGAGUCAAUAAUCUAAAGAUGACAAUCCUCUUGAUAUGAGGUUCGACUCCCGUUGUGACGUCAUAGGUAUAUAGUCAAAGGGUCUUAGACUAAGACGAAUCAGAUGUGCAGUGCUUUUGCUUUAAAUGAGUCCUAGUUACUAUCAGUUCAUAGCGGAAUGAAAAGUUAAUAUGUGCAUCACUAACUGGAGUAUUUAAAAUCAGGAUAUAGAGCACCAGUACAGUAAUUCAUUUUUUGAUGGUAAUGAAUUUUUCGAAUAUGUUCCCUGUUCUCCAUAUACACAGGAUUAUCUCACUGGUUACCAUUCUUUUUAGUCUUAGGUAUUUGUUUAAUAUAGAUUUUAAAAACGGAACAGCUUUUGGAUCUUGAAUCGAGUUUGGGUUGUCAGAAGACAGAACCUUGCCAAUUAAUUUAAAUAAAACAUGACUGAAGAUUAAUGGACCGCUACGAGUAUUUUAUCUCUCGGACGAUUUGGAGCGAAUUUCGAAUGAGACAAUAUAAGUUUGGAUGAAUUUCGUGCUAAAAUGGAGAAGAAAUAGUAGUUAAUCGAGCUUUGCCUUAUUUUUUCCUUAUUUUAGCGUAUAUGUGUACUAACAAUGUUGUAUGCAAAUUUACUAUCUAUUAUUUCUUUGUUUACCUUUCAUUAUCUCCCGGUAGAUGAAUUAAUACUCGAUCUAGAUGAACAAUGACAGAUUUUGGAUUUUCUUUUGACUGUGUUCAGUGCACUAUCCAUACAACAGCGGCCAAAAACAGAAUUACACACAAAUAUUAUCAUCAAUAUGAUUUAUUAUUAUUAUUAUGUUUCAGUCUAACAUAAACCUCUUCUGACAACUGUGUGCUGGCAAAUGAUUUGCUGGAACAGUUCGCUUUUCCAUUGUUCAUAUUUGAUCUUAUGCAGUAAAUGUUCUUUGCAUAAAUGCUAUCACCAUUAUGGUUUUCUGAUAUGGAUAGUUGUAGGAUUCAAGUUAACUAUAUUUAUUUUGGCUUUUUCUCUCGGUCUAUCGAUCCUUUUGAUAUUUCACAAAAAAACUUUUGACAAUAAUAACUUCAAUGACGUGCGUUUAUACCUGUGUUCAAACAAUUGUCAUGUUUUUCUUUAACCAAUUUAAAUUGUUAACUUUUGUGUAUCUAAUCCGUUAUCAUGAUUUGAGCCCAUGAUAAAAAUAGGCAUGACUCAACGUACUCAGUUAAAAAAAAGACCUUUGAAUGUAGUGCUCGAUAUAGGGUUUGGAAUAAGGCGAACGAACUAUAUUCAACCGAAUCCCCACAUCAUGAAGUCACAUGUGCUUGUUAAUUUCAUAUAUAUAUAUAUAUAUAUAUAUAUAUAUAUAUAUAUAUAUAACCCGAUUGUAGUCAAUCGUUCGAUCAGAGAACCCACCAAACUCUGUUUUAGCUUCUUACGAAUGAAGACGGAAUGCCUUAGUGACUAAAGAAAAGCUGUAUUAGUCAAAUGUUCUGUAGAAAGUGUCUUAAGUCCCCACCCUCUAGCUGAAACUGAAAUAAUGAGCGGAACAAGCAAUGUCUAAACUUAUUAUGGUAAACAGUAAAUUUGUUCAAAUGAGGCAUAUGUCUACUUAGUACAAGUCAGAGAUAUUCUCGUAAACAUAACCUAAGAAACCAUAUUAUGCAACAACGUUGUUCAGCUGUGAGCGCAAUGACCUUCCGCUUAAAAACCUUGAGCAUCUAAAUAACCGUGAGUCUCAAAAUAGAUGACCAACAAAACAUUUUACUAAACCAUAUUAAAAGAAAAGACGCUCCUUCUUCGUAAUCUGAAGCAAACCUAAUACGACAAAAAACUAAUAAUAGUAACGUAUUUGCUGAUUAACAAACAGUGAUUCAAAAAAAUUAACUUUUUCAAAAGGUUUGUGAAUCAACGAAACUCCACAAAUCUUGUUUAUACGACAAGACUAAUUUUAGAAACUUCAAGCGGAAUGGCUUAGCUGCAAUAAGAGAUAAUCAUUGUAAUAGUUAACAAACCGAUCAGUCAGUAACUGUUUACGAUUAGCAGUGAUCAAGGUCGCUGAAGUCACGAAACGCUUUGAACCAAGUAAGAAGUCUAGCGCUAACCUCGUGAACACUAGCAAUCACUUAUGUUUGUAAAAUUCAUAAUCACUAGUAAAACCUUUCAGACAACUGUAUGAAAACCAAAAUCUUUCUCUAAAAGUACUAUGUCGAAUCACCCUGAAAAAUAAAAAAAUCGUGCGUUAGUCAUGAGAACAACGGAAUCACACAUAAGCACCCAUGAGCCCCAUCCCACUCACCAUGUUCAACUAACCACCGGACGUUGAAUGUGAAACACACGCUUAAACACGUAACACAUUAAAAUUAUUCAUUGAGCUUUUAACAGCAUAUGUUAGUAAUCAACUGAGGACUACAAAAAACCGGGGAUGAAACAUGCGGGCUUACACCGAAUUACUUCCUGUAGGGAUAUUAUCGUUCACCAACAAAUAUACUACACAUUCAGCCAGGUCAAAUGGUUAGCGUAAAAGAUGACAGGACAUCAGCUAAUUCUACCGAGUGUCGUACAUUCAGUUUGUUGUUGAUUGAAUGAAGGCAUCUCUCGCUGUUGUUGUUGUAUGGAUACAGUGUGCGUUGUCAACUCCUUUCGCCGAGGGCCUGGUAACAGGGCGUCCAUAAAAAGACAACGAGAACCCCGUGG